AUGACAUUGACAAUUACAACCAAAAACUCCGCUAUGUGCUUUGCCAAUAAGAUGUCUCUUGGCAUCUUGGUUGCAAUUGCAACCAUGAAUUUCCAAGCUGCCUCGGCAUGCUACAUGAGAUCCAAUCUUGGUGGUGGUGGUACUGGUGGCCGCCUGCAGCCUGUGCAUGACAACAGCAAUUUCGAUGUGGCUGGUGGGGGGACAACCACAUGUUCUGUUUCUGGUCAUUGCGACUAUUUCAGGCUCCAAGUUGUCUAUGGUGAUGAUGUGGGGGGAUCCAAUGCCUUCAAUGGAGCUUCUGGCUCUGUGGGUUCUUUGCGUGGCAGUGCAGCCAAAAGCUGUGACUUUUCAGUAACAAUGAGUGAUUCCAAUGAUGCCACUACUUUGGGCUUGUACUAUGAGUACAGUAGCCUUACGGGAGGAGAUUUAACUCUUUCAUGUACAUGUGACAAGCCCCUCAAUUCCAAGAGCUCCUCUACUACUAAUAACAAUAAUGCCUUUGUUCCUCCUCCAAGUGAACGAGACCAAGCUCCUAUUGUUGUGCACAACUCCAAACUGUUCCAAUUCUUGACUGAAGACAAGAUUUUGCAUUGGUUCAUGUCCCCUGUUAGGAUGUUGUGCCUUGGAGUGUCCUCCAAUGCUUGCCAAAUCUUGGAACGAAGCAGGGACGAAGAAGGCAUUCAUUUCUACUUGGUGGCUGGAAGGAGCCUAGCUGAGUUUGCCAAUCAACAGGGAUUCUUUGUCCAAGUGUUUCUGAUUGGAAUUCCAGUCUUUCUGUUGUUUGCCUUUUUGAACCUUUUGGAAGUGCUCCUUGGUGGACCUGGUCUAGCUCCCUUUGUGUGCUUUGCAGCCAUUACCCUUGGAGGUUGGGUUGUCAACAAGCGCCAUGGUAUGACCAGCAACAGCCAGGAGUCAAACAAGAAGUUGGAAUGA